AAAAAAAAAAAAAAAAAAAAAAAAUUAGCCUCAAAUGGCUUCUUCUCCUUACAAAGCUAUUAUCAUCACACUAGCAAUCCUAUUUGUGUUCCUAAGCAGCUCCAAAGCUGAUCUUUCGAGCGAUCUUUCUAAAGUAUAUCCUAAAUGCACGAACCUUUUCGACAUUGUGAGAGGUGUUAUGGAACAAGAAAUUCAAAAGGAUCCACGAACAGGCGCCUCUUUACUUCGCCUGCAUUUCCAUGAUUGCUUUGUCGAUGGAUGUGACGCAUCAGUCCUUCUAAAAGACACAUCGACUUUCACGGGAGAGCAAUCUGCGCGGCCCAAUAAGAACUCCCUUAGAAAACUCGAAGUAAUCGACCAAAUCAAGUCGGAGGUAGAGACCAAAUGCCCGGAAAUGGUCUCUUGUGCCGAUAUCUUGGCCAUUGCUGCUCGGGAUUCUGUUGAAAUCCUUAGCAAAAAAAAGCUUAAUUACAAUGUGGAAAUUGGACGAUUUGACUCCACAACCGCAAACGAAACUGCAGCAAACAACUUACUUCCUCUUCCAACUUGGAGUAUCAGCGCCCUUAUCACAAACUUCAAAAAUCAAGGCCUUAACGAAACGGACCUUGUUCUUCUCUCAGGUGCUCACACGAUUGGGUUAGCAAGAUGCACGAGCUUCAAGAGUCGAUUAUACAACGAGAAAGAUAGCCUCGACAAAAAUUUUGCCAAAAAUCUACGUGCAAUCUGCUCGCGAGAUGAUAGUAAAACCGGAAAUAAAACGGCCAGUUUGGAUUACCAAACGCCAUUCGUUUUCGACAAUAGUUACUACAAAAACAUCAUCGAUAAGAAGGAUGUGCUCGAGUAUGAUCCGCAAUUUCUCAAUAACGGUGACACCAAACAGCUGGUCAGUAAAUAUAGCAAUGAUAGCGUUGUAUUUUACCAAGAUUUUGGUCAAGCGAUGAUUAAAAUGGGCCGCCUUAAGGGUACCACAGGGGAGAAGAAGAUGGAGAUAAGGAAAAAGUGUUGGAAGAGGAAUUAGAAAGUUGGGUCGGUUUUUCGUGACUAUUAUUAUCAUACUUAUAAUUACUAAUCUUAUGUUUGGAGUUUGUGUUUGUGUUUCUUGUUUCAGAGUUGUGCCUUUUUAAACAAUUGUCAUGUGUGUUGUUGUUGUACUCUGUUUUUAUGCUUAAAACAUGAAUAGAAGUUUGAGUUUUGUGUAAUUGAAUGUAUGUAAAAAACAUUGUGACUUUAAAAUGAACAAUAUAAUUAGUAGGAAG